AUGGAGAAAACAGACAUCACAAAUGAAUAUGCAGAUGUUUUCGACGGAACGGGAUAUUUCGAGAGAUGUCAUCACAUCAAGCUUGAUGAGAAUGCUACUCCGGUAGUACAUCCACCGCGACGAGUACCGUUCGCACUACGAGACAGACUCAAAGAAGAACUGGACAGAUUGGUUGAACAUAACAUUGUAGAGAAAGUUGAUUACCCUACAGACUGGGUAAAUUCAUUGGUAAUUGUAGAGAAACCAAAUGGCAAGCUCAGACUUUGUCUAGAUCCCAAAGAGUUGAAUCAGGCAAUAAGACGUGAGCACUAUCACAUACCAGUGAUUGAAGAGUUAGUCAGUAAACUAGACAAGGCACAGUAUUUGUCCAUACUGGAUGCAAACAAUGGGUUUUGGCAAGUCCCAUUAGACAAACAGAGCUCAGAUCUCUGUACGUUUAACACACCUUUUGGAAGGUACAAGUUUAUGAGAUUGCCAUUCGGUAUCCAUAGUGCAUCAGAAGUAUUUCACAAGAGAAUGUCUGAAUUACUAGAGAAUGUUGAUGGAGCAGUAUGCUACAUAGAUGAUAUUCUUGUGUAUGGGAAAAGUAGGGAGGAACAUGAUGCAAGGUUGAAACAGGUUCUAGAAAUAGCAAGAGCGAAAAAUAUAAAACUGAACAAAGCAAAGUGCAAAAUAGCACAAACAGAAAUCCAGUACUUGGGACGUGAGUUAUCCCGUGAAGGCAUAAAACCAGACAAAGCCAAAGUAAAGGCCAUUCUGGAAAUGCCAACUCCCGAGUCUAGAAAAGACUUGGAAAGAUUUCUGGGAAUGAUUCAGUACAUAGGGAGGUUCAUCCCAUCUCUAUCCGCAAUGUCAGCUCCGCUCAGAAUCCUGUUGAAAAAGGAGACAGAAUGGCACUGGGAAAAAGAACAAGAAGAUGCCUACAACAAACUAAAAAACCUUGCAACAUCGACUCCUACAUUGAAGUAUUUUGAUGUAGAUACGCCAGUAGAAUUAUCAGUAGAUGCCAGUAAGGAUGGGUUGGGAGCUGUGUUGACACAAGAAGGCAAUCCUGUGGCCUAUGCUUCCAAAGCACUAACACAAGCGGAAAAAGGCUAUGCACAAAUAGAAAAAGAAAUGCUUGCCAUUACAUUUGGCUGCCAAAAAUUUCACCAGUACAUAUAUGGCAGGCACGUGACCGUAAUAAGUGAUCACAAACCUUUGGAAGCAAUUACCAAGAAACCUCUGUCAACAGCGCCACCACGCAUCCAAAGACUGCUGUUAGCAGUACAGAAGUAUGACAUAAAAGUUGUGCAUAAACCUGGCACAAGCAAAGAAAUGAUAAUAGCUGAUACGCUAUCAAGAGCAUACCUGCCAACAGAACAAACUGGAGAUGACAAAAAUGAAAUAGAAAUGCAGGUACACAUGCUAGUCUCUAACCUACCAAUGAGUGACGUAAAACGUUGUGAGUUCAGAGAAACAACAAAGAAAGACAAAACACUACAGAUGGUCACAACCACAGUGUUAAAUGGUUGGCCAGACACAAAACAGGAAGUGCCUGAUGAGAUAAGAUCUAAUUGGGACUUUAGAGAAGAAAUCCAUGUCGCUGAAGAGUUACUGUUCAAGGGAGACAAAUUAAUCGUUCCUAAGGCACUGCAGCAAGAAAUGCUGAACAAGAUACACAGUAGUCACUUGGGCAUAAACAAGUGCAAAGCUAGGGCACGAGAUACUCUAUAUUGGCCAGGGAUGUCAAAACAAAUAGAAGACAUGUGCAGCAGGUGUGCAAUCUGUCUAGAACACAGAAAAUCAAACAUGAAAGAACCAAUGAUUCCGCACACGACCCCAGAACGUGCAUGGUCCAAAGUUGGAACCGAUCUAUUUUAUCUGGGUUCAAGAACAUAUUUGAUAGUAGUGGACUACUAUUCGAAAUUUCCGGAAAUAAUGUUGCUAGAUGACACUACCAGCAAAGGUGUCAUAACUGUACUAAAGAGCACAUUUGCUCGUCACGGAAUUCCAGAUCAUGUGAUCUCAGAUGGAGGACCGCAGUACAGUAGCAAUGCGUUCAGGGAAUUUGCACAUACAUGGCAAUUCAAUCAUGUGAAGUCUAGCCCUGGGUAUGCACAGUCCAAUGGAAUGGCAGAAAGAACCAUUCAAACUGUGAAACAAAUGCUAAAGAAAGCAAACAAAAGCAACCAAGAUCCAUAUCUAAGUCUAUUGGAGUACAGAAACACACCCAUAGAUCAACACCUUGGGUCACCAUGUCAGUUGCUUAUGAGUAGGAGAACGAGGAGCAUUCUACCUACACAUGCCAAACUGUUGCAACCAAAAGUUCAGACUGAUAUCCAACAACAACUGAUCAAUAGGCAAACAGUACAAAAAAUGUACCAUGACAGAAACUCCAGCAAACUACCAAAUCUGAACAUAGGUGAUACUGUCAGAGUACAACAAAAAGAUGGAACUUGGAAACCAGCUGUUGUGACACAGAAAACACAAGAACCUAGAUCGUACAUUGUGAGAACACCCAUGGGAGAACUAAGAAGAAACAGAAAACAUCUUCUUAAAACCAAAGAAGAUCCUCCCAAUCUAGAACCGCCAGACCUAGAUCAUGUGUCACACAAAAGAUCACAACAGCUGGACGAAAAUCCCCAAACAGUUGUACAACAGAGCAGGAGUGGUAGAAUGAUCAGACAACCAAGAAGAUAUGUAGAAGAAUGCUAA